AUGGGGGAGUGUCUUGUCCCGUAUGAAAAUGUCAGUCUCUUCAGAUGGGAUGUAAGACUAAGGACAAGAUCUUUUACCCAAGAUCUUUUCAGAAAUCUGGCCUUGGCAGAGUUAUAUGAAGAUGAAGCUAAAAGACAGUCGUUGUGUUCUGACAAGCCAACAGCUACAAGGAUCAGUAACCCAAAGAUGUCACAGACUCUUAAACUGGAUUCUCUUAAACGGUUGAGAAAACCAGAGAGAAGCAUGAGCGAUGACAAAGAAAACCAAAGAUUUUAUUCAGGUGACUCCGAAUAUAGAGGAUUACAGAUUUCUGGGGCUUCCAAUAAUCCAAGUAAAAUUGUUGCUGAACUCUUCAAGGAAGCAAAGGAACAUGGGGCUGUCCCAUUAGAUGAAGCCUCAAGAGCAUCUGGUGAUUUCAGUAAAGCCAAGUCAUUUUCUGGUGGUGGAUACAGAUUGGGUGACUCAUCACAAAAGCACUCUGAAUACAUAUAUGAAGAAAAUCAGGAUGUUCAAGUUUUGCUGAAACUGUGGAGGAAUGGAUUCAGUUUAGAUGAUGGCGAGUUAAGAUCCUAUUCAGAUCCAACAAAUGCCCAAUUUCUUGAGUCUGUUAAAAGAGGGGAAAUUCCUUUGGAACUGCAGCGACUUGUUCAUGGUGGCCAGGUAAAUUUGGAUAUGGAAGAUCACCAAGAACAGGAAUAUGUGAAGCCCAGACUGAGAUUCAAAGCUUUCAGUGGUGAAGGGCAAAAACUUGGAAGCCUUACACCUGAAAUAGUCAGCACACCUUCUUCCCCAGAGGAGGAGGAGAAAUCCAUUCUUAAUGCUCCUGUUCUGAUUGAUGAUUCCAUGCCAGCAACUAAAAUUCAAAUUAGAUUAGCAGAUGGAAGCCGGUUAAUACAAAGAUUUAAUCAAACACACAGGAUUAAGCAUAUUCGAGAUUUCAUUAUCCAGUCCCGUCCAGCUUUUGCAACAACGGAUUUUGUUCUUGUGACUACCUUUCCAAAUAAAGAACUAACAGAUGAAAGCCUGACACUACAAGAAGCAGAUAUACUUAACACUGUGAUUCUUCAGCAAUUAAAGUAAACUUGUGGUUGUUGUACAAUAUAGAAACACUGCUGUACUGUCAUAUAAUAUGUUUCCAACAGAUGAAAGAAAGGUGAUAUCAUUGUCUUUUUUAUUUCCUCUUUUCCAGGGAUCAUAUUUUUGGAUUUCAUGUCUUCCAGCUAUAACAUAUCUUAACUUUUUAAUUUUAACUUCUCAACAUUAUUCAUCCUUUUUUCAGUGUUAAAAUUAAGGUUCUAUAUGUUAGUUUGUUUCAAACCACAUCUUAUACUAAAUGUGAAAUGAGAUAGGACUUUGUGACUCAUUGGUUUGAGGGGGGUGGGGAAAAGAGCAUUUUUCUGAAGGGGACAGUAUCUUUCAUACAGUUGGUAAGAUUUGCACUAUGGAAAUGUUCUAUGCUGCAUUGACAAACAGCCAUUUGAAAACUUAGACUGUAGGUUAUGUUUACCUUGCAAACUGUGUUAAUAUUAAGGUGUUCUUUUUAAAAGGUUUACAGAUAAUUAAUGCCCUAAUAUAAUUUUUGUACAUUCUAUUUGUAGUGCUUUGUGGUGUAGUAUAAUAUUUAUAUUCUAGUUUUCAUGUAAUUUUCCUUGUAAUGUUGCUCUCAUGAGUGAAUCAGUUCAGGAGAUGCAAACCUCAGCUGUUGCAGACUAUAAUAAAUGUUCUUAUUUGUAUUCUAGUCAUACUACUUGUGAUGAAAAUAAAUAUGAUUUUUUUUUUCUUAAAGUUAGAAAGUUAGAGAAAUAUGAGAGACCCCCAUCUUGGGGAAAUUAUGUGAUUUAGAGGAGGCCUGUGGUUAUUUUGAAUCUGAAUAUGCAGUUGGACCCUGGGCAGCAACGUGAUUCUUUA